UAAUCAAUGCUUCUGGGGAAAUAGGUAUGGAAAAUUUUAACCUAGGGUUUGAUUUAUAAACCCUAAAGGGGUGGAUCCUGAAGCUCUAGUGCGAGAGCAAAGUCGACGGGCCAAGAUCGAGGCUUCGAGGAGGAAAUCGCAUCGAAUUUCACUAUGCCGAAGCAGAUUCAUGAGAUUAAAGACUUCCUCCUCACUGCGAGGAGGAAGGAUGCACGCUCUGUGAAAAUCAAGAGGAGCAAAGAUGUGGUAAAGUUCAAGGUUCGCUGCUCCAAGUACCUGUACACCCUCUGUGUGUUUGACUCUGAGAAGGCUGAUAAGUUGAAGCAAUCACUUCCUCCAUGUUUGAGUGUGCAAGAUGUGUGAUUCUGGCUGGUGUUGAUGAAGAUCAGGUUUUGUUUUGGAUUUUGGGGAUUCAUAGUUAGUAAAACGGCUUAUUUUUAUUUUCUUUUUGCUGUUCCUUUGGGGAUCAUAUGUUUAAGACAGAUCCAAUUAUGUGGCUAGUUGAUUACACCUUUUUAAUUUGACGUCAAAACUUUGAGUCGUUUCUGCA